AUGAAUGGGACCUUAUUUAACCAAACACUGUUGGAAGAAGGUAUGUUUUCCAAUCGAUCCCAAGAUCUGGGGAUUUUGAUUGGCUGCUGCAAUGGGACAGGAACAGUGGUGGCCAGCGAUGGAGGGGCAUCCAUCCUGCUCCCAGAUGAAAGGAACCUCUUCAUCACCCAAGUGGUCCAGAUUGCUGUUCUUUGUGUCCUCUCAUUGACUGUCAUCUUUGGGGUGUUCUUUUUAGGCUGCAACCUGCUCAUCAAAUCAGAGAGCAUGAUCAACUUUUUGGUCAAAGACCGCCGGCCAUCCAAAGAUGUUGGCAUUGCCAUCAUGGGACUCUACUGA